AUGUCCGACAAGCCCGAAGUCACCGAAAUAAAUGCGGUGGCCUCGCCCGUUGCUACGAAGCCCAGCUUCAAAUCUCGCGUGGCUGCCCACUACAAGAAAUGGUGGUGGGCACAUCUCAUUGGGCUCAUUAUCGUGGUGCUUGUGGUUGUUCUCCCAGUGGUAUAUGUCGGUUAUCCGAACCUCACUCAAAAAGCUAUCAAUAACUCGGUCCUGGAAAUCAAAUCCCUGGGGAUCACUGACCCCACACCGGAUUCAUUCCAUAUCGACCAGUUGCAGAUCAUCAAAACGGAUAGUAUCUUCCACCCAACCUUCUACUCAUUCAACGCGACUGUCGGUCUGCUGGGCGCAGCGGCAUUUGCAACCGCAACCAUCCCACAAGUCAAGUCUCACGACGGAGUAGAAGUGCAUGUGGUGCAGCACUUGCCCUUGACUGAUGUGUCUGCGUUUGGCGACUUCGCAAUCGCGGUUAUGCACGAUGAAUACGUCCAUCUCAAUGUUUACGGGAAGCCGGAUAUCAAGCAAGGAAGCUUGCCAACGAUCAAUAAGACGUUUAAUAAGACCGCUACAAUGAAGGGGCUCAACAAGUUGGAGGGGUUCAAGUUGUCCGGCAUGCAUCUUACCACGAAAGCAUCCGAUGGAACAAACACCGAAGGCCAGGUCGUGAUUCCUAAUCCAUCGGUAAUGACGAUCAGCUUGGGCAAUGUAACGCUGGAUCUCGCCGUCAACGGAACUGCGAUUGGAGAGUCGUAUAUAAAAGACCUGACGUUGAAGCCUGGCGAGAACACUUUCUCCAUGAGAGCCAAGGUGGAUCAACUUAAGAUGGUCGAUCUGAUGUCGAAAUAUCCCGGCACGAUUGUUCCGGUGGACAUCACAGGCUCCGAGACCAACUCUAGUGUGUACGAUGGCAAGCCUCUAUCAUACUUCUCGCGGGCUUUGGCAUCGAACAAACUCCGGGUUGACCUGAAUAUUACUGAGGUGAUAGGUUCAAGCGUCUCAAGCCUCUCGAGCUGA